AUUUGGGUUUUGUCUUGUUUCUGGGGCUGCCUGUCUUUUAUCUGGUGCUUCCAGCAUGUCCGGACGCGGGAAGCAGGGAGGCAAAGUCCGAGCUAAGGCCAAGUCGCGCUCGUCACGGGCUGGGCUGCAGUUCCCUGUGGGUCGCGUUCAUCGGCUUCUCCGUAAAGGUAACUACGCGGAACGGGUGGGUGCCGGAGCUCCUGUCUAUAUGGCAGCCGUGCUGGAGUACCUGACGGCCGAGAUCCUGGAGCUGGCGGGCAACGCGGCCCGCGACAACAAGAAGACGCGCAUCAUCCCCCGCCACCUGCAGCUGGCCAUCCGCAACGACGAGGAGCUCAACAAGCUGCUGGGCAAGGUGACGAUCGCGCAGGGCGGCGUGCUGCCCAACAUCCAGGCCGUGCUGCUGCCCAAGAAGACUGAAAGCCAUAAAGCUAAAAGCAAAUAAAUUCGGCGGGUCAAGCAGAGCCGAAUUCCGCGACGUAAUAUUUUAAACCAAAGGCUCUUUUCAGAGCCACCCAUGUAGUCAAAAAAAAGAGUUGUGUUGCCUUUUUUGCGAACGUGCUUUGCUGCUGAAUUUUCCUACAAAGGUGUUUUAAGACCAGGUUUUUACCAACGGAGACUGGUGCGCUUGCUUUCUAGACCGUGUUUCUAAAUGAGUGCUAAUAUUCGUGUAGUGAUGGUUACAUCUGAGUUUAACACUCAGAAGCGAGCUGCUUUUUUUAGGAUUCUGCUCACCUUUCGUGGUUCCGGUGCUUGUUCAGUGUGUAGGAUACGGGACGGUGGCUAAAACAGGUGGAAUGAGCAAAAGGUAUGCGGCAUGAAGAUAAAUAGGGAAACCAUCCUAAACAACAGUUGUAGCUACAUCUAAAGAAAAAGAUUUUUUUUCAUUCCCUUAAAAGGCCUUUAUUCUUUCGAAAAUUUCAAGUUCCCUAAAUAUUAAAUUUAUGUAUAAAUAAAAUGAGGAAUGAAUGCCUUACAAAAAUGGCAUUUGAUCUACAUCUCAGUCACACCUGCACUCUAAAGCAACAGUGUAAACACUUAAAGCUUCACCUUGUAGUGAUAUAUUUCUAUUUCAAGUAGUGUUUUCAGACUUUCUACUCAUAAGUUCUCUGUUCAUUGCUACUCCUCUUGUUCUAUCAAUUAAGAGCAGGCAAUAUGAUUGAGUUUGUAUUGUUAGCACUAAUAUCACCCAAAAGCACAACCUUAUAUCUCUUCAUUAUUAUAAAUGAAGAGAAAAUCUGCCUGGCUGAUUCCCCUUGCUAGGAUAUUCCCAGAAACCUCGUCUGAUGGUCUGUAGCACACUGCAUUGAGGUGAUUGCUUUAAUCUUUGCUGCACCUCAGCUCUUUCCAUCCCCUGGAGAGAAGGAGGAGUGCUCAGGCCUUGGGGUAAGGCAAUACUCCACUCCCACCGUGCCUCUUUGCCAUCCCCAAGCUGUAGCUGAGAGGCUUCUUAGGCAGCUUUUUAGAGGCAGCAUUGGACCAUGGACAAAGCAGAGCAUCAGGGAUCAUAGGUGGGAAGAAACAAAGAAGAGAGCUGCUGGAGCACCAGACUCAUCAUUUAUAGUGAUGGUAUCUGUGUCUAAUGGUUUUGUUUAUAAGUGGACACGUUUAGGCUCGUAGUGGUUUUGUUAUGUUUGUUUUAUUGAUCAUCAUUUUAUAUAGCUAAAUAUCGCCUGGCCCGUACUCUUCUUGUAAAACUGCUGUGGUAAUUAAAAAUUUAUUUUAAUAUG